AUGCCGAAUCCAAUUCGAAACGACAUCACGACCGUGGAUGAGACCUCUUUUCCCUACAUCUUCGAGCAGAAUGCGACUAUCGUGCUCAAGGACGGAUCCGGCCUUGUCCGGUGUAAUAUCUAUCGUCCCAAGGGGGUGGGCAAAUCUCCGGUGCUGGUGACAUAUGGACCAUAUGGCAAAGAUAUCCCCUAUGCCGACUUCCAUCCCCAGUCAUUCAGCGAAGUCAACCCCGAGCACCACUCUACGCACUCGGCUUGGGAGACACCCGAUCCCGGAUUCUGGACUCAACAUGGGUAUGCGGUUGUGCGCGCAGACGAACGCGGCACGGGCCAGUCUCGGGGGAAAUUGGAUACCAUGUCGCGGGAGACCAGCGAGGCUUUCUCCGACGUCGUCGAAUGGGCCGCAGAGCAGCCGUGGUCUACAGGGAAGGUUGGUCUUCUCGGAAUCAGUUACUACGCUGGCAGUCAAUGGCGGGUCGGUGCACGGCAGCCAAAGGGUCUUGCCUGUAUGAUUCCUUGGGAAGGGAUGUCGGACUACUACCGCGACCGCUGUCGUCACGGAGGGAUUCUGUCGAACUCGUUUAUUAAGUUCUGGUGGGAUCGCCAGGUGGUGAGUAACCAGUACGGAUUGCCGGCGCGUGCAGCCCGAAACUGGGGCCCAGAUACUAUUGAAGGGGAUCUACCAGAGGAGGAGCUUGUUGCCAAUCGCCAGGACCAGACCAUUGACAACGUGGAUCACUGUUUCCGAGAUGAUCUCUACUAUGCUAGCAAGGAGUAUACUAUGACUGAUAUUCAGGUGCCUCUUCUCUCUGUCGCGAAUUGGGGUGGCAUUCUUCUGCAUCUGCGUGGAAAUGUUGAGGGGUACACGCAAGCAGGCAGUGAACUGAAGUACCUCCGAUUCAUCACCGGCCGCCAUGACCUCCCCUUCUACUACAAGGAAGAGGUGGAAGUUCAGCGCAGUUUCCUCGACGCUUUCCUCAAAGGCGAGGACCGCGUGGGAUGGGCGAAUGGCACCGCACCCAAGGUGGACAUGGUCCUGCGCAAGGGCGAUGUCGGAUUCAAUCACGCUGAGGCCGAGCGGCAAUUCCCCCGUCGUCAAGAGAGCGAGUGGCCCAUUGCUCGCACCCAGUACACCAAGUACUACUUGACAUCGAAGCAGGAGCUGGUGACCGGUCCGCCCCAGGAGCGGCCCAGCAAGAUCACAUACCGUGCUCUGGGAACCCUAGACACCCCCCAGGCUGUCCAGUUCACAACGCCUGGGUUUGGCGAAGAGACUGAAAUCACAGGCCACAUCGUCGCCCAUCUCCACGUGUCGAUGAGCCCCGUCGCUGGCUCUCCCACGCCUCGCGAUCUUGAUCUCUUUCUCACCCUGCGACACAUCUCCCCCGACGGGAAGGAGGUCUUCUACACGGGUACUGCUGGUGACCCCGUCCCGCUCUGCAAGGGCUGGCUACGCGUCAGUAUGCGCCAGGUGAACAAGGAUCAUGAACGCCACCGCGAAUGGCUCCCUCAGCGCGACUAUUACUCGACAGACGUGCUUCCAGUCAUUCCUGGCGAGGUGUACCCCGUGGACAUCGAGGUCUGGCCGACAAACGUGGUCGUCGAGAAGGGGGGCAAGAUUGUCCUCGAGGUCGCAUCGGGCGAUACCCAGGGCAGUGGAGUUUUCCAGCACAACUCUCCCAUUGACCGAUCCCCGGAGAAGCUUAAUGGACUGAACCAUAUCAACUUUGGACAUGGUGAUAACUACAUCACACUGCCUAUUAUCCCCUCGAAGCCAGUAUUGACAUAGAGAG